AUGGAGUUGGUGAGUGGAGAAACCAUAGAAGAGCUACUUCAGGCUCAAACUCAUAUAUGGAAUCAUACAUUCCAUAUUAUCAAGUCCAUGUCCCUAAGAUGUGCACUUCAAUUAGGUAUACCAGAUGUGAUUAACAGCCAUGGAAAAGCCAUGACCCUUUCUGAGCUAGUUGCUGCUCUGCCAGUCCACCCCACGAAAACACAUCAUCUCUACCGUCUAAUGCGUCUUCUUGUUCACCUGGGUUUCUUUGCUAUGCAGAAAGUUGCUGAUAAUCACUUCCAGGAAGGCUAUUUGCUUACCCCAGCCUCUCUUCUUCUCCUUCAGGACAACCCUUCAAUUUCCAGACCCUUCGUAGAUCUGGUGCUUGAUCCAAUUCUAAUAGAAACAAAUAAUUGCAUGAGCACUUGGUUCCAAAAUGAUGAUCCCAAUCCAUUUGUGACUGUCUUUGGAGAGCCAAUUUGGGAACAUGCAAGCCAUGAAGCCAGCGUUAAUCAUUUGAUUAACAGAACGAAGGCUAGUGAUAGCUUCCUGAUUGGCAGGGCAGUGCUUGUCAAGUGUAAGGGGGUCUUCCAGGGGCUGAAUUCACUGGUGGAUGUUGCAGGUGGCACUGGAAAUAUGGCCAAGGCCAUUGUUGAUGCAUUCCCAGACUUGAAGUGCACUGUGUUAGAUCUCCCACAUGUUGUUGCUGAUUUGCAAGGCAGCAAGAACUUGAAUUUUCUUGGAGGAGACAUGUUUAAGGCUGUUCCUCCUGCUGAUGCAAUUUUACUGAAGUGUACAUUACACGACUGGCCUGAUGAAGAAUGUGUGAUGAUACUGAAGAAUUGCAAAGAGGCAAUUACAAGAAAUGGGAAGCAGCAGGGAGGGAAGGUCAUAAUCAUUGACAUGGUGAUGGGAAACCAAACAUGGGAUAGUGAUGAUGAUAAGAUCACUGAAGCAAAGCUACUCUUCGACAUGGAAAUGAUGGUUUUUGCCAAUGGUAAGGAGAGAAACGAAAAGGAGUGGGCAAAGCUCUUCUUUGAUGCAGGAUUCAGCAACUAUAAGAUAAACCCUUUAUUAGCCCCUGAGCUCCUAUUGAGGUUUAUCCUUAAUUAACAACUUGAUUUCAUAUAUGAUAAGAGGAAAUAAGAUCAAUACU